GAAAAAGGUGAGAGAGAAAUAAAGAAAAAGGGAAAAAGCGAGAGGGAGAUAGUAGAGAAAAAAGAUGAAGAGGGGAUAAAGGAAAAGCAAGGGGAGUGGGGGGAGAAAAAUAGAGAGAGUAAAGAAGAGAAGGAAAAGGAGAGUAGUAGGCGGAGAAAGAAAAAAUAAAGAAAACGAAUUAAAAUAGAGACAAGACAGUGGAAGAGAAAAAGAAGUAAAAGAGAGGGCACCAAUAGAGAGAGAGAGGAGCAAACGAAGGAAGAGAAGGGAAAGAAAGGUAUAAAGGACAUAAAGAGGGGGGGGGAGAUAAAGAAGCUAGAUAAUUUAAAGAAUGAAAGAAAAGAAAGGGUACAAAUGUGUGAUGAACGAAAAUGAGUAAAAGAGAAAAGAAAUAGAGGGAUAGAGUCUGGAAAAGAAAACGAGAUAUUGAAAGGAAGGCGUGAGAAAGAAGUAACAGAGGAAAAGAAAAAUGUGGUGAUGAAAGGAGAGAGAGAGAGAAAGAGCAAGGUAACAGACGAGAUAAUGAAAGGAGAGUGUAAGAUACAUAAAGGAAAAGAGGAAUGGUAGAAGGAAAAGAUAAAGUAGACUGAGAAGAUAGUGGGAGGAUAGGGUGAGCCAUAAAAAGGAGGGGGACAGGAAGCGAAAUACUCAUAAGUAAUAUAUAUAUAUAUUAAACAAAAUCCCUCUCCAGCACAGCCUGUGUGAGUGAAUCACGGAAGUAAUGCUCCAUCAUGUCUACCAUGCAUCCUCGCUUCAUUUGUACAUUUUCAAAUUGACACUAACAAAUACUGUUCACAAAUAACAGCUACAGCAACGCAAACAGACCGCUUAAUAUCCUUUUCAUUCAUUUAGAUUUUAGCUUCCCCCCCUUUUUUCUUUCUUUUUUCCUUUGAUAACAUAUACACAUUUACAUUAUAUAUAUAUAUAUAUAUAUAUAUUUUCCAUUUUCUUUCUCUUGCUUUUGCUAACAUCGAUCUUUCGAUCUCAUCAACCAGCACUGAUAGAUUUAAAGUUAAAAAGAAAAGUAUAAUAAUAAUAAAUAUAAUAUUGAAAUUACACAAUGUCGCUCAGCAAAGGCUAUAGGGUUUAUCGUAAACCUGAUCCACCUUACAGUGUACUCUUGGAAAACAGAGCUCGGACUGACGAACUGUUAAUGUUCGAAUCUAAUGCUGUCGCUGUACUAUCUGCCGAAGAAAGUCUCUCUGUUAAGAAGAAUUAUACUAAGGCAUUUGAUGGCUAUGGUUGCCUUGGUGUACUGCAGAUCAAGUCAGGUGAAAGUACCAGCCUCUAUCUUGGAAUUGUUACAUCAUGUGUGUCAGUCAACAAAAUCAUGGAAUCAGAAGUGUUUCGUAUCACAGCCACCAACUUCAUACCUCUACAGAGCCAUCAUGCCGAAGAAGAGAAAAUCAAUGAAAUGCGCAAACUACUCAGUUCAGGAACAUUCUAUUUCUCUUGGUCCACAACGAAUUAUCUUUGGGACCUGAGUUUAUGUGCACAGAGGCAAUUUCAACAAUGCGAUACAGACAAUAGAUUCUUUUGGAAUAAAAGACUCCAUGUACAUUUGGAUCGAUUCGGUGUAAACUGCACAGAAUGGCUGCUAAAAAUUAUAUGUGGUGGUGUAGAAAUCCGGACUAUCUAUGCUGGUGAUAAACAGGCUAAAGCAUGCCUAAUUUCUCGUCUAAGUUGUGAACGAGCAGGUACAAGAUUUAAUGUCAGAGGGACCAAUGACGACGGCCAUGUCGCUAAUUUUGUGGAAACAGAACAGGUUAUUUUCUUGGAAGACCAAAUUUCUUCAUUCAUACAAGUAAGAGGGUCUGUACCAUUAUUUUGGGAACAGCCUGGUAUUCAGUUACUUUGUCAAUCAGCAAAACUGUUAAAUGAGAUUAUAACGGUAUUUUGUGCUCUGUUGCAGAAUCAUCAUAAAAAUUCAACUCACAAAGAUGAUGUACCACACAUUGUCUUCGAUUACCAUGCUGAAUGUCGAGGAGGGAACCUUUCCAAUUUGCAGAAGUUAAUGAAAGUAUCUGAAGAACAUUUAAAUAAUUUGAAUUUUUUUCAUUGUUCUUCAGAUCGGAUUAUCAGGCAGCAGCUUGGAACUAUUCGAACCAAUUGUGUUGAUUGCCUUGAUCGGACCAAUUCUGUUCAGCGGUUAUAUGGCUUAUAUAUUCUUAAAAGACAAAUGGAAGCACUGGGAUUUGGAGGAAAAAUUCAAAUGGUGUCUCGUUUUGAAGAAGUUUUCAAACAAAUUUGGACUGAAAACGGCGAUCAUAUCAGCCGUAUUUAUGCAGGCACUGGUGCCAUGGGGGGUGGCCGAUCUAAAUAUUCCGAUGCCGCACGAUCUGCUACUCGAACAAUUCAAAAUAACUUCCUAGACAGCAACAAACAAGAAGCUAUGGAUGUAUUUGUCAUGGGAUCAACUCUGACCGGAGAACUCAAAGGAAGAGCCAAAGCGCUGCUGACUUCAAGGUGUUUACAUGCACCGGAAGGUAUUCUUAGAGAAAUGAUAGCACGACAUAGGGAGUACACCAAACUUGAAAAGCUCCGCAUCUGCUGUGGUACAUGGAAUGUAAAUGGUGGGACUCAUUUCCGCAGCAUUGCUUUCAAGAAAGAAAAACUCACUGACUGGCUGUUAGAUGCCCACACGUGCUGCAGAAAUUUGUUUCCAGCUUCCUUAGACCAAAAUGCUGACUUCAGUUACCCAGCUGAUAUUUUUGCAAUUGGAUUUGAAGAAAUAGUUGAUCUUAAUGCAAGUAACAUAGUCAGAGCCAGCACGGAAAAUUCCCGUGAAUGGCAAAAUGAAAUUCAAAAGACAAUUUCUCGAGAGUACAAAUAUAUUCCAUUAGCAACAAUCCAGCUUGUAGGAGUUUGCCUAAUCUUAUUUAUCAGACCACAUCUGGCGCCAUUAAUCUCGGAUAUUGCUACUGACUCUGUCAAAACAGGCCUUGGAGGUGCUACUGGCAACAAAGGCGCUGUAGGUGUCCGCUUUUUACUCAAUGCUACCUCAUUUUGCUUCCUCUGCGCUCAUUUUGCAGCUGGGCAGUCACAGGUGAACGAACGCAACAAUGAUUUCCAUGAGAUUAUGAAGAGGGUUUCAUUACAGGGUAAACCCAUUGGUUCUCAUGACUAUAUUUUCUGGGUUGGUGAUUUCAAUUAUCGUAUUGAUCUUCCAAAAGACGAUGUGAAAGAACUUGUCCGAAAUCAAAACUGGACUGCCCUCCAAGCUGCUGAUCAACUCAAGAUACAGAUGGAUGCUAACAAUGUUUUCCGAGGUUUCCAAGAAGGUGAGACCAAUUUUGCACCAACCUAUAAGUACGAUAACUUUAGUGAUGAUUACGACACCAGUGAAAAAUGUCGUGUGCCUGCAUGGACCGAUCGAAUACUCUGGCGGAAAAGAAAAUUUCUUACAAAAUCAGGUGUGGAAGACCCUUAUUUUGUCCCAGUGAAACAACUGCUUUACAGUCGAGUUGAACUGAGAACCUCUGAUCACAGACCCGUUAUUGCCUUAUUUGACAUUGAUUAUCAGAAAGUAGAUGAAGAAAAAAGGAACACAGUUAUAAAAGAUGUGAUAGCUACACAUGGCCCACCUGAUGGCACUAUUAUUAUAUCAUCAGAAACCAUUGACAUGUUUGCAGAGACGUUAGUUGACCAGAUUAUAUCACUGUUUUCUGAAUGUGGAGAAAUCCUACUGGUCAGAUUUGUGAAGAACACUUUAUGGUUGGUUUAUAAAGAUGGGAAAAGCUGUUUGAAGGCCCUCGAUUAUGAUCGUAAAAUGAUGGAAGGUCAUAUUUUAAAAGUCAAACUGAAGAAUCCCAAUUGGAACAUGACUCUGUGGAGAGAAAUAGAAAUGUGCUAUGCCAAUGCUGAAGCAUUAUACAAGCCAGUUAUUAGUAACCUGCUGGGCGAUGAUUUCCACACUGAAUUUUUGUUAGAAGGAAAUGUUGAUUUUGAUGUUGUAGAACCACAAGACUUAAUAUUAUCCGUUCCACCCCUACCUACAUGGUCCCGGUCAAGCACACCAUCUUCUGAUCGUGUCAGCCCUGUAGCAUCUGAUGACAGUUUUUCUGAUAAACCUGCCCGGCCUGAUCAUCCACCUGCUCGUCCUCCUCUUCCUAUUGCAAUAAAUAAAUCUAAUAUCAGCCAAUAUUCAGGUGGCAGCACCACAGAUGGUGUUUCACAGAAAAGAGCUCCUCCACAAAGACCAGGCAAACCACCACCAAGACCCAGCUCCGGACCAGUGAAAUCUAAACCAAAAGAGCCUAAUAGAACAGAAAACAUUGUUCCAAUUUCUGCAACAAAGAUCUCCAGUAUUAGUUCUCCAAUCAAUGUACAGCAUCAUUGUCAUGCUACUGAUGCAAGCAGUGCUGAGAAAAUACUAAGCAAUUUAAUGUCUAACCAAACCCCAACUACUGGAGUAAUUGAACAGCAACCAUGCAGGGGUACUACCAAAAGAGGUUUUAGUCGAAUAAAUCUAACCCAGAUUUUUUUUCCUAAGUCUGGAGCUACUUCAACCCAGACCAGCAUAUCCCGUAGCCAAACAACUGGUUGUUUACAAACUUACAAUGCCCCUGAUGAUAAAACAGAUACGAACGAAGCAUCUCAUUUAAAUCGCCCUUAUAGUGCUAGCGUCGAAAACCUAACGGUGACGUCAUCGACCAACCAGACAGAAAAGCAAACAAAUGACAUGCUCCAAAAGAUGACACUUGCUUCUUCAACCAAUUCAACUACAUUACCACCAAUGUCUCUGAAUUCAUCAACCAAUAUUAUGGAUGCUAUGGUUCCAGAGGUUAUCCCCAAACCAUCAAACAUAAGCUUUCCAACGCCACCUCCGGUUCCAGUUCGCAGGGAUCUAACUGCGAAUAAACCCAGCCAACCUUCAAAUGACAUUGGCCAAGAUAACAACAGCAACAACAAUGCCAAAACACUGUCAGAUGAUUUCAAAACAUGCCCUUUGCAACCACCCCCACCGUUGCCAACAGCAACUUUGAAUCCUAUCACUACUAGUUCAACUUCUCAAGUAAAGGUUCAGAAUGCAAAAUCAGACCCUCCACCGAUUCCUUCUCGACCUCCUUCCUCACUUCCUCCAGUUCCAGCAAGAGCUCUGCCACCUCCACCCCCCGUACCACCACGUCGUUAAUAAUGUGUUAGUGUUUAGAAACAGGUUGCUUCAUGUGUGUGUAAGUGUGUGCAUGUGUGUUUGUUGUUGAAUGUGUUAUAUUAGUAUACAUAUAUAUAUAUAUAUAUAUAUAUACACACACACACACACACCUUUGCAUACAUAAAUGCAUAUACAUUUGUGUGUGUGUAUAUGUAUAUAUGUAUAUGUAAUAUAUAUAUAUAUAUAUAUAUUUAUAUAUAAUGUAUAUACACUCACAUACAUAUAUAUAUACAUAGAAGUUCUAAUUUGGGGUAUAAUCUACAAAAAUAUUUUAAAAAAAGCAAAGAGAGAGAAAAGUAACCAAGAUAUUCUCAAUUGUUUUAUGUUUAAAUUUAAACCAUUCAUAUAUUAA